ACUUUCAUGCCGCUGCGAGGGCGCAUGCGCAGUCAAGUUACAGAAGUAUUUCCUGGUCCUAACGGUCACAUGACAACAAACUGGAAACGCUGGAUGGCCAAACCUCUCGCUAAAAUUUACCUAUGGCAGGAUUAGCGGGGGUACAUGGCAGGCUAAGCUAAGAACCAUGUCACUCCAGGCCUCUCGUAUGUCAGUGUUCACCUUUCAGUCUGCAGUGCACUGCGCCCACGUCCUCCAGUGUCUCAACGAGCAGAGGCAGCAGGACGUCCUGUGCGAUGUGACCGUAUUGGUCGGGGGCACGAGUUUCCGCGCCCACUGCUCUGUCCUGGCAUCGUGCAGCGACUAUUUCCACAGCAGGGUCACCAGUAUCACCAGGCAGAAUCCCAUAAUCACCUUACCCGAUGAGGUGACAGUGGAGGGAUUUGAACCCUUGCUACAAUUUGCCUACACAUCAAAGCUGCUGUUCACCAAAGAAAACAUCCACGCCAUCCACAGAAGUGCUGAGUUUUUAGGUUUUCAUAACUUGGAGUCGGCAUGCUUUGAUUUCCUCAUCCCAAAGUUUACUGAAGACGGCAAACCAACACAGGAGGUCAGGCGAAAAGGCUGUUGUCAGAGUAGAGACCCCAGUGUUGGUUUAGGGCCCAGUGUAGAGAGCAGCCAGCCUAAAUCACUAGAGUCCCACAGCUCAGUGCCUUCAGGAGGAGAUGUGCAAAUAGACUUCCCAUCACAGUGUCCGCAGAGCACACAGGGUCAGACCAGCAGAGGGGAUGACCACUUCUGUUUGGAGAACUGCGGCCCACAAAUGCCCUCCUUAUCCCUGAGGCUAACGACGAGUGGUGUGUGCCCCAUGUUGUCUGCGGCAUGUCCAGACACCAACAAAGCAGACUCCUCUCCUCCUUUAGAAAUAGGUAGUGCGUGCAAUCAGAAUGAGUUGAGCUUGGUCGACUGUGCCCUAUCCUGUGAGCUGUCAAACCCUGAAGGUGUGAACUCGCCAGAGCUCAUUCAGCCAGCAGGCAGAGAUGUAAACCAGACUGUUGAGACACUUGGUGUUGAAACGAACUGUAACCCCGCUCCAUGUCCCCUUGACACAUCUGGGGCAGAGGGUAGUAGCGAGUUAUUAGAGCAGAGUGAGGCUGGCCUAGAACAGAGAAUGGAUGGUGAUCUCUCAGACCCUGUACUGACUGGUCUAAGUCAUGAAGAGGGAUUUGGGGAGAGGAGCAGCGUGGAGAGAGAGGUGGCUGAGCAUCUGGCUAAGGGAUUUUGGCCCGACCUAUGCCCAUCUCAGGCUCAGACACUCUCCCUGGAUCCCAUUGACCAAAGCAAUCUGGCAAAAGCUUCAGACUUUCAUUGGCUUAAGCAGCUGGACCUGAGCUCCAGCACAGGGGACUGUCCCUUCCUCAGGGACCUUGCAGCAGGUGAUGACCAGGCUCCAGGGACUGACAGCCUGUCCCAGUCAGAGAAGAGUCCCUACAUGUCGUCCUCCCUCAACUCAGGGGAGGAUUCAGACCUGGACACAGAUGGUGAUACUGAGGCUAACAACAAAAGAGCAGAAGAGGUGCAGCUGCCAUUCCCGGUGGAGCAGAUCUCGACACUGAGCCGCAGUGCCUUCCAGCAGCUUCUGAGACACCAACACCUGACCCCGGAUCAGCUAGAGUUUGUGCACGACGUCCGGCGACGAAGCAAAAACCGUGUGGCUGCUCAGCGCUGCAGAAAGAGGAAGCUAGACAGUAUAUACAAGCUAGAGUGUGAAAUCAACACAUUGAGAGGUGAGAAAGAGCGGCUGAUGCAUGAGCGAACUCAGCUGGAGCAGAACCUGGAGGAGACGCGUCAGAGCCUCUGUGGGCUGUGUAAGAGCGUCAGCAUCGAGUCCGGCCCCGACCAGGACCACUCGCAGCUUCUCGCCAAGCUCUCCUCCCCAGACUUCCCCAUCUCAGACCUGCUCACACCCAUGUCCUCUCCCGGCCUCCUAGGCAAAGAUCAGGACUCCCAGACUGCCAUGGACAUGGUAAGCUGUCCCUCAGAGUGUAAUGCAAGUGGACCAACUGCAAACUCAGUCCAGACCAACCCACAGACAGAAGAGGGAGGCUCCCCACAGAGCUGCCCCGUCUCCCUCCUCAAUGCCUGCCUGGACAUGAACAACAACUUAUAAUUGAACUCCAAUUCCAUUUGUACUCAAGCAGGAGAACGUUGGAGACAUUUUUGAGUAUUUACUGUAUUCCCCUUUUGGGGUAGAUAUGCUUCCCUGUUUCUUUCUACUGUAUGAAUUUCUGCCUGGUAUCUGUAUCUAAUGUGACAUAGAGGAAUUUCAAUUCUUCCUCAUUGUAUUGUCAAUAUGCAUUUCACUGUAGUAGAAUAUGAAACACAUUAUUCAUAUUUCAAGGUGCAUAAAAGUUUCAGGAAAUUUCACCAAGUUUCCAUUUGCAGUUUAGGAAUUUGUUUUAUCCACAUUCCUUUCUCAGGGAAAGUCAUAGGCCAACUAUGCAUUGUUGGUUAAUAUAACUCUUGUUACAGCUUUCCACCACCCUCCUCACACACAGCUGUGAGAACAGAAUACAUGUUUCUUGUAUUCCAUUUAGGCCACUUUUCAUCUUCAGUCAUAGUCUCAGUCUGUAUCAUAUUCCACCAAUACACUGUUUCUAUAAAUAUGCACAGCACUGAUGUAACUUUUAACAGUGAAAUGAAAAUAUUAUAGUUAACCGAUACCUUUUCAAUAGCAUUAUCUGAAUGCAAAUGGCUAAUUUGAAUGGAUAGCUGUUACCAUUGAAGAUAUUUGGAGAACGGUUCCAGUGUGUCUAAAAGCAUUAUGGCAUAACAUAAGAAAGUAUGUUUUGAUGCAACAUGUGCCUUAUGUUCGUGUGUACUUGGAAUUCUGAAAGAUCAAAGUCAAGGCAAUCUUUGUAUUUUUUUUGUCUCAAGCACUGUUGCACAUUAACCAAGAGCCCCUUUUGAUUGUAUCCUCCUAAUUUUAGGUCUGUCUGCAGGCAUGUUGAUUAUUUUUUAUUGAAUGCUUUCAUGGAUCAUACAUUUAAAUAAAUAACAUUUUGUGUA